GCCGCGGCGCUGCUCUGGAGCUGCGCCUUCCCUAUGUAAUGUUUAUUUUAUUUGAUUUCAGGCUUUAGGUUGCGAGAGUCCGUCGAUGCAUCUCCAGGAGCGUUUCCUCGGCGGGAAGGUCAGGUCCAGAGGCAGCUAUCGAGGCUACGCACAAGGCUAGUUCCAGAUGGAGACGACAUCAGGUUUGCUUUGGUGGUCGUGGUGGUGGUGUGAGCCAGCAGGCUGUGCACCAGCCACGGUGUGUGGCCUGUAAAGUGAGCCAGCAUCAGCCAAUUUGGAAGGUAUAUAUUCUCAUUCGAGAUGUCUGCCCUGAGGUUGGUUUCUAACAGGACCUCCCAACAGGCCUUGUCUAACUCCGAUUACACUUGGGAGUAUGAGUACUAUGAGUAUGGACCAGUGUCGUUUGAAGGCCUCAAGGCUCAUAAAUAUUCCAUUGUGAUUGGCUUUUGGGUUGGCCUUGCGGUUUUUGUCAUCUUCAUGUUCUUCGUGCUGACCCUGCUGACAAAGACAGGAGCACCGCAUCAAGACAAUGCAGAACCCUCAGAAAAAAGAUUCCGCAUGAAUAGUUUUGUGGCAGAUUUUGGAAGACCUCUGGAGUCGGAGAGAGUCUUUUCUCGUCAAAUAGCUGAAGAAUCUCGGUCGCUCUUCCAUUUCUGCAUUAAUGAAGUGGAACAUUUGGACAAAGGAAAAGCAAGUCACAGAGGGAUGGUCCUGGAGAGUAAUAUUCACUUCCAGGAAGUGCCCAGGAACAGUGGAAGGCUUGAGGAGGACCUAAAUUGUCUUACAAAAUUUAACAUUCCUAAUUUUGUGAAUACUGAGCAGAACUCUUCACUAGGUGAGGAUGAUCUUCUCAUCUCAGAGCCACCUAUCAUUUUAGAAAGCAAAUCUGUCAUGCAGUCUUCCCAUCGGAUUCUUGACUGAGAUGAAAAUUGAAGGUAAAAAUUCCCGUUAAUUAAGGGUUGGAAAGCCCUUCUUGGCCAUUUGGCUGUUCUAACAAGCUAUUCAGACCUGUGUGCAUGUAUCAUGCUUUUUAUUGUGAAUACUGGCUGUGCUGACAGAAC